UGUCCGGGAAUAGGCGCACGAGUUAACAGGCGGUCGGCUGCUUCUACUUUUCCUUCAACGCAAGUCUUCUUCCCUCUGUGCGCUUUGCGCCUGUUUCCAAAAACCUUCGACGCUGCUUCUUUCCUCGCUCGCGGUCGUGGCGACGCUGGCGAGCGGUUGGAACGAAAAAGGCGGGACUUUGAUGCGGGAGAGAGAGAGGUGAGGAAAUGGAGCGGCAAGAUGCUUCGGACAGUGGAGCCGACGGCACCAGGAGCAGCGAGAUUGGGGAGGAAAGAGGAGAGGGGGAUAGGGUGGCGGAAGGGGUUCUGUGCGUGAAAGUGAUGACGGACGAGCAGGUUGAGGUGCUCCGCCGUCAGAUCGCCGUCUACGCCACCAUCUGCGAGCAGCUCGUGGAGAUGCAUAGGGCCUUCGCCGCUGACCAGGACUCCCUCGCAGGAUUGAAGCUUGGAAGCGGCUACUGUGAAUCCAUGAUGGCAUCAGGAGGCCAUAAAAUGAUUCCAAGACAGCGGUGGUGUCCAACAACUAAGCAGCUACAGAUGCUCGAGAAUAUCUUUGAUCAAGGUAAUGGGACUCCAAGCAAGCAAAGGAUAAAAGAGAUCACUCUUGAACUGUCACUGCAUGGUCAGAUCUCCGAAAUGAAUGUCUAUAACUGGUUCCAAAACCGAAGGGCGCGAUCGAAGCGGAAGCAAACAGCACCAAGUAAUAACGAAUAUGAAGUUGACACAGAUUGUGAAUCCCCAAACUUCAAGAUAUUCAAGUCAGACGAACCCCCUCAUGAAGACCAGCUUGUCGGAACAGAUAAUUAUCCCAUCCACAAUGCCCAAGUAAGCAAUGCACUUCAUCCAUUAGGCCCAGAGUCAAAUCAAACUCUAGGAACACAUGGAUCAAAUGAGAGUUCAAAAUCUGGUGGAAUGUCCUACCAAAAUUUUUUAUCGAGCCAGAGGGUGGAUCAAUUGAUGGAAAAUAUGGACAUUCCAGGGAGUUUUAGCCCUUUCCAUCCAGGAAAAAGCUAUGGCAUGAUAGGUUGACAUACUGUUGUUUUGUUUGAGCUGAUUUAUCCUUUGAACAACUCUACAUUGUUCCCAUGAUGAAGUGCUUAUUGCAGGGUUUGUACUCACUAAAUUACUAUCUGAAAUUAUUCAAGCAGGUUUCUGGUGUACUUUUGAAUGAAACAUCCACCUGAUCAGAUGCAAACAUUAGGCUCAGUUUCUUCCUUGCAUUUAAGCUGUUGUCUGUAGAUUUAUCUGUUUCCAUCUUUUGAGUGUCCUCUGUUCUCUGUUCAUUGUGAUGAGAGUUCAAUCGAAAGGAAGUAAAUCCAAAAUCCUGUACUUGAAAGUUGUAUUUGAUAAUAGUGAUCAGAAUUCCA